UCCGGCCGCUGCCUGCGGCGGGCUCGCCCUGCCCGCGCCCCACGCCCCCGGGCAUUGAUGUGCGGCCGCCGCCCGCCCGCCGCUCCCGCCCGCUCCCCCUCUCCCGGCGCUGCCGCAGAGCCUCCACCGCAGCGCGAAGCCCACACAGCCGCUCCGGUCCGCCCCUCCUCUGGUCUGUCACGCUCGGCGGCUCCUCCGAGAGGCUCCUCGCUCCCUCCCUCAGCUCCACGCCGCGAGCAGGAGGCAGCGGCAGCUGGAGUGGAGGAGCACCGCGUCUCUCCGCCGCCUGCCCCCCGGUUGAGUAUUACAGCUUCACUUGUACCUGGGCUUUUUCUACUGAUGUCCAACACGCAGUAGACAUUCCAAACAAUAUUUGGCAGGUGCCUUUGCAGCGUAGCAGAAGUCCUUUUGAUACAGGAUGGAGGACACAUACAAAGACAGGACUUCACUAGUGAAAGGGGCCAAAGAUAUUGCUAAAGAGGUGAAGAGGCAAGCAGUGAAAAAAGUGAAUAAAGCAGUUGACAAAGCCCAGGAUGGCUACACACAGAGGUCCUACAGUCGAUUCCAGGAUGAGGAAGAUGAUGAUGAUGAUUACUAUGGUCAAGGAGGAAAUUAUGGUGUAGAAGCUAAUGAUGAUGAAGGAUCAAGUGAAGCAACUGAAGGACAUGAUGAAGAUGAUGAAAUUUAUGAAGGAGAGUAUCAGGGAAUCCCCAGCACGGGGCAGGGUAAGGAUGACAUGGUGGCCUUAGGUCAGUCUAUGCGUGAUGAAUACAAGGAUCGUCAUGAACUGGAAACAGAGAGGAAAGCUGAUGAAGAAGAGCUAGCCCAGCAAUAUGAAUUGAUAAUACAAGAAUGUGGCCAUGGUCGUUUCCAGUGGGCCCUCUUCUUUGUGCUAGGAAUGGCCCUAAUGGCUGAUGGAGUGGAAGUGUUUGUGGUUGGAUUUGUGUUGCCCAGUGCUGAAACAGAUAUGUGCAUACCCAAUUCCGGAUCAGGAUGGCUUGGGAGUAUCGUGUACCUUGGGAUGAUGGUGGGGGCAUUCUUCUGGGGAGGCUUGGCAGACAAGGUGGGAAGGAGACAAUCACUCCUGAUAUGCAUGUCUGUCAAUGGAUUCUUUGCCUUCCUUUCAUCCUUUGUCCAGGGCUAUGGCUUCUUCCUCUUCUGUCGCUUGUUUUCUGGAUUUGGGAUCGGUGGAGCCAUGCCAACAGUCUUCUCCUAUUUUUCGGAAGUGCUUGCUCGGGAGAAACGAGGUGAACACCUGAGCUGGCUCUGCAUGUUUUGGAUGAUUGGUGGCAUCUACGCUUCUGCAAUGGCUUGGGCAAUAAUUCCUCAUUAUGGAUGGAGUUUCAGCAUGGCUGCCUACCAGUUCCACAGCUGGCGAGUAUUUGUGAUUGGUGCACUGCCUUGGUCUCUUCUGGGUUGCCUCACCUUUAUGCCGGAAAGUCCACGAUUCCUGCUGGAGGUAUAACAUCCCAAACGUUGGAAACAUGAUGAAGCUUGGAUGAUACUCAAGCAAAUUCAUGACACAAACAUGCGGCGUGGUCAGCCCGAGAAAGUCUUCACUGUUACCAGAAUCAAAACACCUAAGCAGAUAGAUGAGCUCAUAGAAAUUGAGAGCGAUACUGGAACUUGGUACAGGAGGUGUUUUGUAAGAAUCCGCACAGAGAUGUAUGGUAUUUGGUUGACAUUUAUGAGAUGCUUCAACUACCCAGUGAAGGAUAAUACAAUCAAACUUACAGCUGUGUGGUUCACCCUGUCUUUUGGCUACUACGGCUUAUCAGUCUGGUUUCCUGAUGUCAUUAAACAUCUGCAGUCAGACGAGUAUGCAUCCCGAGUGAAACAUUUCCGCAAUGAGGAGGUCUCACAUUUUGUCUUCAAUUUCACACUGGAAAAUCAGAUUCACAGCAAUGGAGAAUACAUCAAUGACAGGUUUAUUAUGAUGAAAUUUAAAUCAGUAACCUUUGAAGAUUCACUUUUUAAGAACUGUGUUUUUGAAGACAUUACUUCAUUGAAUACAUACUUCAGAAACUGCACUUUUGUGAAUACCACCUUCUACAACACAGAUCUCGAGCAGUAUAAAUUUGUUGACAGUGAAUUGAUAAAUUGCACAUUUUUUCACGUCAGGACAGGAUGCCAGAUUUCUUUUGAUGAUGACUACAGUGCCUACUGGAUCUACUUCGUUAAUUUCCUUGGAACUUUGGCAGUGUUACCAGGAAAUAUUGUGUCCGCUCUGCUGAUGGAUAGAAUAGGACGGUUAACGAUGCUAGGUGGUUCCAUGGUUCUUUCUGGCAUCAGCUGUUUUUUCCUGUGGUUUGGGACCAGCGAAUCCAUGAUGAUAGGUAUGCUGUGCCUCUACAAUGGCCUCACCAUCUCAGCAUGGAACUCUCUGGAUGUAAUUACUGUGGAGCUAAAUCCUACAGACAGAAGGGCAACAGGCUUUGGCUUUCUGAAUGCACUAUGCAAAGCUGCAGCUGUACUUGGAAACCUAAUAUUUGGUUCCCUUGUUGGUAUCACCAAAGCAAUCCCUAUUCUCCUUGCUUCUACUGUUCUAGUAUGUGGAGGUCUGGUAGGACUUCGGCUUCCUGAUACAAGAACCCAGGUGUUGAUGUAACUGGAAAAAACAAUCACUAUUUAUUUACUUCUUUGUACAAAUGCCAUUCUCCUGACUGAUGGUGCAAAGGCUUCAGAUUCUCAACACACAGUAGAGUGCUCAAAUGCCAGAAAUCAAACUCAAAAGAUACUUUGGAGUAGCAGAGAUUUAGCAUGUAUGAAAGUUUUAAAUUUUUAAAUGUAAAAUUAAUUUAAAUUUAAAUUUAACUUUUGUUUGCUUGCAUACUUUGUUGUUCAAACCCAUUUCACUUUGAAGUGCAAAGCUACCUCUUAAAAUAGGUUUGGUGACAUAAUCCAGGAAGGUAAAAACCAUACUGAUAAUUAGCUAUUUAAAAUGCAAGCAGUCAGAUUAUUUCAAAAACACAUGCUAAAUUUGGCCAUGGCAUUAUGAGCUUUAGUAACAGUACAGACAUACAAGUCAAUUACUUAGCAGUAUUGGUGUGGGGAAUGUUAAUGUAUCAAUGCAUGCAACAUCUAUCAGGAAACUCAACUGAUUGCAUCAGUACUGGGAACAGUGACCUUCUGCAGCUGUGCUUAGGUGAUAAAAACUUGCAUGCAAUGACUUGUAGGCAAUGACUCUUCCUUGGGAAACAUUUUUAGGCAGAUUCAAUCUAAGCAAAGAUUACCAACUACACCCCAUACUGACUGAGGAGAAGGCAACAACUACUGCAGGGAAUAUAAAAGUCCAUAUACGUAUGCGGCAGAGAGAAUAACAAAAUUAACAUUUUCACUUUUUUGCUGCUGAUGCUACUUUUGUUUUAUUCUCACUUGUGGCAUCUGGAUUUUUUUUUUUUUUCCAUUCAAAACAGUGAAUUUGUCUUAUUCCAGGAAUGAAUGAAUGCAAAUAGUUUUGCUGCUGUUAGUAACAAUAAAGAAAGAAUCAGGCCAUUGAACUAUAUGAUAAUGAUGAUACUGUCAGAUGUUUAUUUGGAAUUUAUAUAUGUAAAGACCUUAAUUCUUUUCAUAGUUUCUACACUUCUUAAUAUAACCAUUUUCUCAGCUAAUUUUUAAUAGUUCCAGAAAUGUCUGACCACGUAAUAUUUUCAAAUAGCUUUUGGAAAAGCCACUAAGAAAUAAGCCAUGGCAAGGCUGCAGGGAAUAAUGAUGCUUUUAUUAGACCAAGUCAGUGCAUAGAUGGAAAGCAAAUGGUAGUAAAUAUAUUCCUUCUAUGCUGUGGACUGUUCCGAUUACUGGAAAAUUCCCCAUCAGUUCUAAUGCUAUGCAAAAAUUUAUGAAAUCUCUUUAAAUAAUACAGAUACAUUUAUAAAAUCAUCAAAGAAAAGAGGCAGAUCCUCUGAUGACAAAAACUGUCAUUGCUUUCAUUGAAGCUAAGAAAACUUGUAUUUGCAGAUUAACUAUCUGCAGUUUAAAGUGUGAAGUAAAAAGUUUGCUAUAAAUUAUAUGGUAAUUUUUAUUCAGUAUUUUUUAAAUUAUGUCGGACAGCAUUUAUUAGAUAGGUUAAGCAUUGAAAAGCAACUAAGCUUUCAAAUAAGGUCAUCAUAUAGUAAGCUAGACCUUUUUUCAUUGAUUUUUCUCUUGCUCUUAGAUGUGAACUUGGAUUUAGUAGUAAUAUGUGGCACUGAAGUCUUUAUCAGUUAUCAUCUUUGUCAUAUUAAAAGAAUCAGUAAAUGUCUAUGUAAGACGAUCAUUCAACAUAUUUAUAGUUCACUGUUUAAUCUACUGAUUCUAGAAGUGACAUUUUCAGCUACUAACAAAUGCCUCUGCUACACAUUGUAGCACAAAAAAUGUUAGCCCAAGAUGCUGUUUUCUCCUAUGAAAUGAGAAAAUUGGCAGAAUUUAAAAAGCACGAGGAUGGAAAACUGGGGGGCAUUAUUUUUAAAAAAAUUAGCAAGUGUGUUUAUUUUGGAGUGUUAUGAUGAAGAUAUUUGAGAUGAAAUAUUUUAUGUUUAAAUCUGACUUAGACAUGUCUCUUAAAUUUCUAAACUAUGCUAAUAAAUGAGGAAGAACUAUUUUUCACUAAGGCCUAGAAAAAAUUCUGGCCUUAGUUUUGUAUCUGUGGCCUUUUUUCCACUAAUCAUAGCCUUAAUAUAAUUUUAAGGCUGUUUUCUAUAAUUAAUAUUAUAUUUGAGCCCUUUUUCUCUGUGCAAUUCAUUAGUAGCACAUGUUUAACUCCUUGCACAUACUGCACAAGGUUUUUUGAAAUCUGAAGCCUCUGUACAUAUUUAGAAUAAACAACAACAACAAUGGUAAAAUAUUGCUUUGUGUUGCUGUGCAAUGUCCUCUUGCAGUAGUAUUCUGUCCAUCUCUGCAUGUAAUUCCCAUAACACUCAGAUGCAAUACUUCAUACCUUCUGACAAGCUUAAAGGAAAUAGGUCACAGAAAAAUAAUAUUCAGCUAUGAUUCAGCUAUGAGGGCUAUGAUUCAAAUUUAACACUCUAAAAUCUCAUGACAUGAAAAUUAUGUUGACUUCUGUAUUGGUUUUAUCAUAAAUCCUGACUAUAUCAUAGGUCUGGGAUUAAGUCUGGAUGAAAUGAAAUGUAGCAACAGGAAUUAGCAGAGAUUUUUAAAAUUGCAUGGUCCAGAAUUGUAAAGUUCUAAUGUAGAAAAAAAGAAAAAAUAAUAGUGGGUAGGAAUUGGGAGAAUAAGUAAAAGAAAGAGAUAAAAAAAAAAAAAAAGAAACAAAAAACAAGAACAAUUCCAACACAUGAAACAAAACUUAAAGAUAGAAUUUUCCCAGAUGGUAAGCUACCUGGCUCAAUAGAUUUGAGCUAGUGUGCAAGCCAACAUCAAAGCUGUUUGAAUAUUCAAUAGUUUUUGCUUGAGCACAGUAAAGAUUUAUCUCAUAAUGACAAAAAAGUGAAUGCAAUUUCACGCUAUAAAUAACUUUGUGAGAUACAUGAAAUCCACAGACUAGAACAGAAACUAAUCUAUGGCAAUCUGGACACAAAUGUUAUUCACAUUAUAAGUAAAAGUAAUUUGAUUAGUCUUCAGCAAUUCCAUCUUUUCUUGCAGCCUCCAAAGCAAUCAUAGAUAAUAAAUAUUGAACAGAAGGAUCUGCAACUUUCUUUCUAUGUCUGUUUGCUUACAUGUCAUGCAAAGAAUUACUUAGUGGCAUGGCUAGAUUCCUAACACACCAGACAGAAGCAAACUUGAUAGCAUUUAUGUAUUACAGUUGUAAACCCUAUGUAAUCAAAACUGCUUAUUUGUUUGUUUUGGUCACAGACCUGACUGACUGCUAACUAGAAAUUCCUGUCAAUCAAAAGUGAAGUAGGAUAUAACAUCUAGGAAUUUUCUGUGCAGCUGAAAAGCUUAUCCCAACAGCAGCAAUGACAAAAAAGCACAAUGGCCCCUGAAAAUACAAAAGACUCACAGCAUUUAGAAUGCUGUUAACCAUAACAGUCAAAUAUUUUGAAAUUUGGAAACUGUCCACAAAAGAAACCACAUGUUUUCAUUUUUGGCAAGGAAAUUUUCUUUGAAUUAGCUUUACUCGUUACAGGUUGUCUAAUAGUAGAACUUGACUUAGCAGACUCUAAUUUCUUGAAAGCAUCUUUUCAUCAUGUUAGUACACUUUAGCCAGCUUGGUUAUGUCCAUGCUAGCACAGUGCUUCUUGGAAGCAUGAGCUACAACAUUUGGCAACCACUGCAUUGGUUCUUGAGUACAGGCUCCUAGAAAGGGAACUAGCAAUAGGUGGUCACAGUGGAGCACUUAACAGGAUUGGUAGUGAAUGACCUACUGGGAAACCUUCUUCUUCUCAGCUUGAUUUUAACCAGUUCCCUUACAGACUUGUGUACUACAAAACCUAGGCAGUGAUGAAAAAGAAUUAGCCCUCCUUUCUGAUGGCUCUAGUAGUCUAUUCCUCCUUUAUCAUCUUAGGAAUAUGGGUCAAAGUUAAGAUUGCUUACUCAAGCUCUGCUUGCUCUCUCUUCCUGCCAUUCCAUUCAUUCCAUCCCAAAUUACUUUUCUUGCUAGGGGACCAGCCAUACAGAAAAUUAAAACUCUCUCACCUGCUUCUGACUUCCCAAUAACAUUCAGUAAGAAAUUUUGUUACAUAUCAUUUGCAUUUUGGUUAUAACUUUUAAAAAAUAAUAUGUAAAGCAGCCUUAGAAGUCCUAAACAGCCAGACUCCACAUUUCCCUGCCUAUUGAGAAGGCUGACCUAAUACAAGGAAAGGUGUCCUCUCAGAAUUUGAGGGAAUCCUGAUUGUCCUCCUGAUUUGAGGGAAUCUUCUUGCCUGUGCACCUAGCUCAGCUCCAUUCAAAGGAAAUUAUAUUCUGUAUUCUUUUUUUCUUUUUUCUACUACUGUGGAGCCUUAUCUUUGCGUAAUUGCUCUUGAGGCACAAGAGCAGAUACCAGUUCUCAGCAAAGUAAUAUAGUCCUCAGUCCCUCAUAUGGACAGCCUCUGUGUACUAGGCUUUAGUUCUCUUCUCCAUUCUGAGUUUUAAAUUAAUCUUCAAUAGUCAGAAAAAGAUGUUUACAUCCAGUCCCACCUCCUUACCUAAACAAGAUGAUAUCAUGUUAAUACAACCUAUAAGCCAUGUUUCCUGUUUAAUAACCUGGAAAUGCAAUUGAAAUUUCAAUCACAAAGUUAAAAAAUUAAUCUUUGCACUCAGGGGGUCAAAGACACAAGAAGUAAAACUAGAAAUGCUCCACUUCCUCUGGUGUUUUGAAAGAAAACACACAUUCAGUAAUCAUAUUCCAGAAGAAAACACUUCUGAGAAGCUGCUUUUCUGUAUUUCCUGCCUUCUUGUUCAUGAAACUGACUGUAAAAUAUUAGGUGUUUGCCUGCAUUAGUACUUUCAAAUGCUGCUAUUUGAGAAAACACAGCGUGAAAACAGAGACUUUCAAGGUAAGACAUGGUUCAAUGAUGUAGAAUUAGAGGAGACACAUUAGCCAGAAAAUCUGGAACUCAGUUCAAAACACGAAUUAAAUGGAAAGCAUCAACUUAUAAUGCUACUUGCAGAUCUCACCUUCAUUUAACCUCACAUAGUUUACAACCAAUCCAUGUGCUGCUAUCAGCUUAAUUUGCUUUCUUUGAAUAACUUCAACAAGUGCUGCAAAAUAUAUUUAGAUUCACUAUCAUUAGCUGUUUGGUUUUUUUUUGUUUUUUUUUUUUUGUUUGUUUGGUUGGUUGGUUUUUUUUUGGUAGAGGAAAAUUUCCUAUUUCUUCCUGUAAAGGAAGAACCCUUCAACAUUUAGUCCCACUCUACUUCUAUAAGAUUGUUAUAUAGAAAAACUGAAAAAGAUAAAUUGGGCCUGAGUUAUUUACUUUUCUUAUUAAACAUUUUGUUGAAUUAUGUACAAAGAUGCUGGCCUAUAAUAUGGAGUUUUGGGACUUUGAACACAAACUGUGGACUCAAACAAAGCAGUAAUUUUCAGCAGUCUCCUCCCAUAACAUACACACGAGUUACAUUUAAUAGGACCAAAACACUUAGGGAAAAGUACAGUGCUUUCUAGGGAAAACAAUCUAUUCUCUUUGACAAAGGUCUAGAACAUAUUGGUCGCUUCGGACCAGUACAAAGUCUGAUAACCAAAGAUUGGAGAUUGCUUAACAACGGGACCAUUUGGGUGAGGAUGACCUGACAUUAAAGUAUUGUUCUUUCCACCCAGGUUCUCAUGAAUAUCCAUUUUAAUGACUUAUAACCAAGAUGAUACGUAGAGACCUUCCCCUGCUCUGGUCAUCAACACAUUUGAGUUGUAGCCAGACAUACAAGCCCACAAAUGAAAGUGAGAGAGAAAAAGAGCUGGCAGGCACUUUCAGCACUCUCUCCACAGCUAGCCACCAAAGUUCAUUUCUCUUGGAUCCUAAGGGUCUGGUUUUUGCUUAGCUUUCUAUUUUCUAAUUUUGGGCACCUCCCACUUGCCAUUCAGUUUUCACAAGCAGUCACCACCAAGCAAGCUGAAGCUGCUUUAAUGCUAAAGGAUAGCACUCACAGCUCAUUGCAAGUAGAGUUCUCUGCAAGAGUCCAGUGUCAUAUGUGUUGUUCUAGCUUCAUUUGUUGUCAGGCGCUAGAGUUGUUGGCUAACACUUCUCCUGUACAAUUCUGCAUGUAUUCUUAUGUAUAAGACAUGUCUUCUGUCCUCUUAAUGUCUGCCUUGUAUGACCAUAUGUAUGUCCAUCCCCCACUGGCUAUGUGAUAAAAAUAUUUUGUGAAUCUUACAUGGGUCUGUUUUACCCAGUUAAAAAAGAAGAGGGUUGGGAAAAAUAAUGAAACAGAAUCAAAUUAAAUGUAAACAAUGAAGAGUAAUAGUUCAAGAAAUAGGUUUCAAUUAUUUUUUUUUUUCAGAUGUUUUCUUCAGAUCCUAGCCUGAAGCUAUAUAAUAUUGUAAAUUGUAAAUAAAUAGUACACAGUUAGAAGUGAACACAUAAUGCAGACAUAUGUGGGUGAGUAUACACACAUAUGGACACACUCACCUUUACAACAGAGAUGAAUCUUAAACUUACAAACAAUGUUCUCAUCUCUUUCUCCGUGACAGUGUUACUUUCUUCAUUGUGCGUUAUGCUUUGAACACAAAUGACAUCCUGCUCCAUUCCUUGUGCAGAAACCUUUACUUAUUCAUGUGCAAAAUUGUUUGGAUGCCAAGAGUCAUCUCAGCUGGCCAUUAGCUUCCAGUCAUUGGAAGGGGAUUCCUAAAAUGAUCUGAAAAACGAGCUUUGGCUUAGCUGUUGCCUUCCCCUGUCUGCCCAACCCACCCUCCUGCCCCAUCACACUGUGCCAAACAGCAAAACAGCACAUCAUGCAGAGGCACUGGUGUUCCAGUGACUAGGAGACACAGCACUCUCAGAUACAUAAACUCCUAAAAGCUAUGAAUUUUGUCUUAUUCAACCAAAAGGCCUUCAAAAUGGUCCAUGGGGAUAUCAACACAUUUCUGUGUAAUGUAUGAGAAAAUAUCUGUGAUUUUCUGUAUUGUAUGUUUUUCAUUGUUUCUGCAUAUAUGGCUGCUGUUGUUCUAGUGAUGUGGUUAUAAAAUUAUCUGCUAAUGUUCUUAUCUGCAAUUUUUGACCAGCCUGAAACAGAGCCAUUGCCAGGGUGUUUUUCAAUUAAUGAUUAACACCCGUGAAGAUCUUCUACAGUAAUUAGUUCCAUAUAAAGUCAUAGAUACUAUAAAUGAAGCCAAUCCAGGGUGAAACAUACCCACAGCUCACAGUGGAAAGAGCUCUUCCAAAAGCUUUGGCAUCUGCUACAUUUCUUUUCUCUUUUGAGGAAGUUCACUCUCUGCUGUAUCCUUUCUCUGGUAGGGAACACGCACUCAUGCUACAGAAGUGAGAAAGCAGAAGAAAGGGCAUAUUCCUUUCACAGGAAAGAACGUAUGUUUGCUGUAGGAAAGCCAGCUCUAUAAUAAGAUUAAAACAAACAAACCAACCAACCCAAGCAGCUUGCUAUUCUUUUUUAUCCCCAUGUCUCCUUGAAUUGAUAAACUAAAUACCAAUGCUUACGAAACCUUUGGGAGGAGGUUAAGAAAGAGUAACAAGGCUUACACGAUACUUCUUUGGAAAGGUGGAGACCUUUCCAAAGUGGUGAACAUAUGCAAUGAAUGAAACCAUAGCAUAUAGUUUCUAAUUGUGAUCACAAACAGGCAGUUUUAAGUAGAAAACUGUCAUUCAAAUCUACAGCAGCAAUAGAUAGUACUACCUUAUAUAUGGAAAUCUGUAAACAUAGAUUAAAAUCAAUGGCUUGGAGGAAAAGGGAAUAUUUGAAGAGCUACUUAAAAACACAACCUCCCAUCAUCUCUUUUGGACAAACCUUUUAGCACUUUCCUGUUCCUUCUUGCUACCAGUUGUCCUAAUAUUCCUAAUAUUCCUAAUAUUACUUCUUUAAUGCCUCACAAAUGAAAUGAAAGGCUAAAUUAAAAUUUGAAACACAAAUUGAGAGCAGAAAUGAAGAUAGCACUGUAGGAAAGCUAGCGCAUUUAUAAGAAUUUUUAAAAUGCCCCAAGCUGCUGGUGUCUGCCUGCAUUUAUUGUCCUCCAAGAGGUUUAGGAUCCUACAAAGUUACAUGUCAGAAGCUUUGUAUGUGUAAUCUGAUCCCUGUUUAAAUCAGUGAAGCAAUUUUUUAGGGUCAGGAGCUUUGUCUUUCAAAAAUAUGAAGUAUGUGACUGUGUAUACUGCCAUGGUGGAAUUGCUACUUUUUUAGGAUGAAUAAUUUUAGCCUGGUUUUUCCUAUGAAUGUACUGCUUCACAAAUAUUAAAAGGAUUUCAGUACCAAUGUUACAAGCUAAGUGAAUCAACUGGCAACUUCUUUUAAUCAUUCUCUACAAAAUAUUGUAUUAAAAACUCAAGUUAUACUUAAAAAAAAAUGCUGUGUUAUCUUCAGCUGCACAACAGUGAGACAAUUAAAUUGUAUCUCAUGUUUGGCCUCAAAUAUAUGUAGGAAGAUACUGUAUCAAAUUAGAUCUAUUUUUUAAGUGGGCAGUUUCCAUUGCAGUGUAAUGACAUAUGUGCAGAAGUCAGGUAUCAAGGAUGCGGUAUAGAAAGUAGAGCUCUUGGUCUUCUCUGCAACUUAUUGGUAUUGUAAGGCAAAUUUUCUUAAAAACUUAUUCAUUUUUUACUUUCACUGCAAUUUAUUCGCAUUGUCAGGUUACUGAUAUUAAAAACCUGUUCGAAUUUUCUAAUGCUAAGGAACAGAAGGAAAACAUGUAUUCUUUCCUAGUUUUUGCAGUUGUUUUCUGUUCCCAGUUUCUGCUUCUAAACUACCACUCAAAUUUCCAACUGCUCUGAGCCAACUGGCCGUACCAUUUUUCAAACAGUCUCCAGUGUACAAACACACAGGUAUGUCAGUGGCCAUAUGUCAUCAAGAUAAUCAUGACCAUUUCUGACAAUCUCCAUUUCUCAAUGCAAGGUAACAUGUACAUAUUGUAUAUACGGGUAACAAGCUACUUUAAAAUUUAAUUGUCAUUUGAACAUGGGAAUUUGACUUCAGAUCUGCUAAUCUCCAUCAAGAUCUUGGCAAUGGUCCUGACCUCUCUGUUUCUUACUUUAUUUAUUUCCUUUACUGCUAUGUGUGCCUGGAAAGCAGGUUAUAGUCAUCACUACUGUACAUAUGUGUUUGCAUGUGUGUACCUUGAUAAAUUCUCUCUUUUGGAGUUCUGAAUUUUUCAUUUCAAGUCCAGCUGGUACAAUUGUGAACUCAUCUUUCCAGUAUCCUCAUCUGUGUCAGAUUGCCAGCUUCCAAAAUGUUUGACCAAGUGUUUUGAUUAAGUCUUCUGAGGAAAGCUGUCUGUAUAUUUGUGGAAGGGCAUGCUCUACGUAGGAUGACUGUGUACUGUAUAAAUCUAUAAAAUGUGGAAGUGUUUAUAAAUUUAUCUGCAAAAUAUUUAUCAUCUGUGUAACAAAUGCAAAGUUAUUUAGUGUACAUCAAAUUAAUAAAUGGGGAUGAUUUUUUGCUCUGCUAUAUUAAAAUAAAGAUAUGUUCUCUGCAAUGAA